AUGGUAUUUCAAGAUGAAUCAAACAUGAUUGUUGAAACCGCACCAAAACCAACAAAACUAUCAUGUUUAGAAAGUAAACCAUCAUCACAAAUUCAACAAUGCUUUCAUUCAUCUUGUUCACAUUGUAAUGGUAGUUAUUUAAAAACAGUCAAAUCGGAAAUAAAACAAAUAACAAACGAAUCCGAAGCGUUUAAAUCUACAUCAACAGAUAAUAAAAAUCUUUCGCCAUCUUCAUCUUCUUCGAAUAUACCAUUUGAAACUCAACGUUUAAAUUUUUAUGCAAUUAUUGACGAAUGGAAAAACGAUCGUAUGGAACACAUAUCAUUUAUAUAUCAAAAGAAAAGAAAUCAAAUUGAUUUAAUAUGUUCUCAAACAUAUCAUGAAUAUGAAACAUUUAAAAUUGAACAAAAAAGUCUAUUAAAUGAAAAUUUAUUAACUAACAAUCAUAAUAAUAAUCAAAUAUUAAUUCCAAAUGAAAUUGAUGAAUUAAAUCAAAAAUUAUCGUUAACACGUCAUUUACUCGAUUAUUUUAUUCAACCAAAACUACACACUCGAACUUCAUAUUCGGAUCAAGAUGAUAAUGACGACGACGACGACGACGACGAUGAUGAUGAUGAUGAUGAUGAUGAAUCUAUAAAUUACGAAGAUAUUUUUAAACAUAAACCCAUUAAUGAAUUUUCAUUAUCAACUGAUAAUCUUGCUAUGGCUUGCUCAAAUUCAAAUAUAUUAUUACGUGAUGGUGCACGUUUAUUAUUAUUUAAUGAAAAAGAAAAACUUCAUCAAUUAGAAAUUAAAGUUCAACAUCCGGGUGAUUUUAUUCGAGAUGUGUGCUGGUGUGAAGCACUUGGGUAUUAUCUUGUAUUAACACAAUAUCUUUUAUUUAUAUAUGAUCCGGAAAAAUAUCUGUUAACUAUUGUCGAUAAAGUCAAACCAAUUCAACGAUCGAAAUUUUCUUCAUUAACUUGUUCAGAUAAUAUAAUGUUUCUCGUUAAUGGAAAUGGACAAUGUGUUGAACGAUGGUCUAUGGCGAAAAGUUUCAAUUGGAAGUUAAUUAAACGAUGGACAGAUAAAGAUUUUUGUCAUGAAAAUUUUCGUUUAACAUCACGUAUUCGUGCUAAUCAUAUUAUGCUAGCAUUAAAUAUUUGUGGCUUAAAUUUCGGUUACCGUAUAUGCUUGUAUGAUUAUCAUAUGAAAUUACUUCGACGUAUUAACUCAGAUUCUAAUCUUCAUUUAUUAUCAUACAUGAGUGGAAAUCAAUGGAUGGCAACCGAUUACAAAGAACGAUUCUAUUUAUUCAAUGGUGAUGAAACGAUGAAAACAGUCAUGGAUUAUACUGGCAAAGGUGGCUUCAUAAGAAAUGUUGCUCGAUUAGGUUCGAGCUAUGUUGCUGUUAAAGUUCAAACUCGAUUACAAGUUUAUAAAAUAUAA